CUUUUCAAGUGGGAAAGGAUGAUGAGACCAUGGACAGCUCCACUCAACCACACGAACAUGAGGAGCAGCUUGAACCAGAGGAAGCACCGGAGGAGCAGCUUGUACCAGCGGAAGCAGCGGAGGAAGCAUUAACCGUUCCGGCGGGUCCUAUAACAAGGUCACGGUCCAAGAGGUUCAACCAAGCCAUCACUGGACUACUCAAGGAGCUGGACAAGAACCAAGAAGACAUGGCUCAAACCACUAUGACGUUGCUCACAGCUCAAGGUGCUCGGUAAAGGGUAAAGUGUUGCUUUGGUGCUCUUUUUCCCUUGGUCAAGUUUUGUCCCAUUGGGUUUUCUUGACAAGGUUUUUAAUGAGGCCUAAGUAACAUUUUCAAGCCCCUUUGCCAGCCCAAUUCGUGGUCCAAGGUUCCCCACAAAGGCCUUGGCCCAUUUUCUAUCUCUUUCUCAUUCAAACUUUGCAUUUAUUGCUUUUGUAAUUUCCAAGACUUUGUGCAUGAGCUUGCAUGAGUGUGGACUCUUGCAUGAGCUCCACCUCUUCUCUUCUAGAUCCUUCUCCUUCGUCCCCCUUCUCCUAUUUAAAGACCUUGUAUCUCUUCUUUGUUUUUCAUCAAACAUUUUAAUCAAAAACCUUUCUUUUACUUGUUUGAUCUGAGAAGUGUGUAAUAUCUUCUCAACUUGUUUUCUUCUUAGUGUGUCAUAUCUAAGUUGAACUCGAGCCUGAAGUCUAAGAGAUUUUCAUCUCUCUUGGAAGUUCACUUCAAUCCCCCUUUUCAUCCACUGCAUCAUUUCACCAUUCCAUGUCUUUCAAUCCGCUGCAUAAUCAACCCCCUUCACCUUCCAUUUGUCCGAUCUAUUGCAUCUUUGGUCUCUUGAUCUUCAUCAGUCCGACCCAUCAUCUUCAAGACCUUGCGAGUGUGUUCUUGGGAAGCAGAUUCCUCUUCAGGAGUCUAUCAAAAUGGCAAUGCAGGUGACAAGACUAGUAAAAUCUGGAAAUGGUAAAACGACAUUAGCAAUUGCUGAUGACGCUAAUGAUGUUGGAAUGCUUCAAGAAACAGAUAUAGGUGUUGGGAUUAGCGGUGUGGAAGGAAUGCAGGCUGUAAUGUCCAGCGACAUAGCGAUUGCUCAGUUCAGAUAUCUGGAGCGUUUGUUACUAGUCCAUGGACAGUACUGGUGUUACAGGCGGAUCUCGACAAUGAUUUGCUACUUCUUCUACAAGAACAUUACAUUCGGUUUCACUCUCUUCUUAUAUUAAACAUACACAACAUUCUCAUCGACACCUGCCUACAACGAGUGGUUUCUGUCUCUUUAUAAUGUCUUUUUCUCAUCCCUUCCGGUUAUUGCUCUUGGUGUCUUCGACCAGGAUGUCUCUGCACGGUAUUGUCUAAAGUUUCCGCUCUUAUACCAAAAAUGUUCUAUUCAGCUGGCGCAUGAUACUUGGCUGGAUGUUCAACGGAUUCUACAGUGCAAUAAUCAUUUUCUACAUCUGCUCAUGUUUUCAACUUUA